AUGAUCGCGCGUCGCAGCACAUCCCUCAUUGCCAUUGUUCUUUUUGUUGUCUUUUUUCUGUUUAUUUUCUCUUCGCCAAACACCGAUUCCUUCGGCGAGGACUCGGAGAUAUCGACGGCAGCCAAAUAUGUCCCCAAAAUUCCGUCCCUGAACGAUCUGCACCUGCCGACUUUUCAACCGCCAGCACACAGCCCGCCCGAGCUACAACAGGACAGUUCGAGUGGUGAUUCAAAAUGGUUUAGCCAUUUGGCAUGGCUCAAUCCUUUUUCGUCUUCCAUCACCCUUGAUCAGGACCGAUCUGUCCUCCCUCCGCUUCCCGACCGCCCGUAUGUCUUCACAUUCUACGAGCCAAAGAAAGGCCAUACCCGGGACGAUGAUAUCGCAGAUGCACGGCUUUUGCAUGCCUGGCGUCGCGCUUGGUAUGCUCAGGGAUUCCGUCCAGUGAUCCUGAGCCGGGCUGAGGCGAUGGCCAACCCGUUGUAUCAGACCUUGAAACACGUGGAAUUGGGCCCUGAAAUGGAAGCGGAUUUAUUCAGAUGGCUUGCCUGGGGCCAUAUGGGCGAUGGCCUGCUUGCCGAUUGGCGUUGCUUCCCAAUGGCGAAAUACGACGAUGCAACCCUCUCGCAUCUACGCCGUGGUCCCGAUUCCGACCAAAUCACCCGGUUCGACAAGGCAAACAGUGCUCUGCUUCUUGGGAAGAAGCCCGCGAUAAAUACCGCCAUCGAGAAAGCGAGUAAACACAUCGACAAAUCAACCAAAUACUUAGCGGAGUUUAUACCGAGUGAGCUGCUUCAGUCUGAACGAACAAACUCUCUGGCGUUCUAUGAUUCCGCUACAAUUUCCGAACGCUAUCCUACCCUUACAGAAAAGGCCAUUCCCUCGCUGCCUGAACGUCGGAAUAAGUUAGUUGAUCUCAUCAACUCGCAUCUGCAAAAUACGUUCAUGGGCUCGUUUCCGGGUGGGAUCGUAGUUCUAAAACCCUUUGCUGAACACACCACGGCCUUGGUUGAGCCAGCGUUGAGACUAGCCAAAGCGCUCGGCAAGUGCCCCGAGACUGUUGAGCCCUCAUCUUGUCCUCCAAAUUUGCCAGAGUGCCGCCCUUGCAAUGCACAGAAGUUCACGAAAAUUUCACAGCCAACCACCUACAACAACAACACCCAGUCUUUUACUAUUGGGAUUCUUCCGCAUCCGUAUACUCUUAUCAGUUUGCUGAACAGUUCGGCGGAGGUUACAACGCGCCACAUUCGACGCGAGACCACGCGUGAUGCUUGGCUAAAAGAGGUAACCGGCGAUCAGAUGAAUCAUGAACUUGGCGGCGGACCCAGAGUGGUUUUGUUCAAGAAGGUUGUCGCAGAUCAGCCAGCCCUUGGGACGUCGUUAUGGACGACAGUUGAAUCGUUGUCAGCCGAGUUUGGCCAGGCGCUCCCUACUGAACUCCUAGAUGACUUCGAGUGGGAGCUUGGAUUCCGGAUCCCCCGCGACAGCAACGUAGACGCAAAGAACGAGGGCGACACUAAGGAGUCAAUGCAGCAUGCCAACCCCAGCGCAAAGGGGGUUGAAGCCGAAUAUACAAUCAUCCAGCAGGCAAGGGAAAUACUGAGGCAAAAGACCAACCGGGUCAACACCCCAGCUGUGGCAGAGGCCUGGAACAUGGCUGAUACCGAGGUCUGGCGUUUUGUGAAGGCGUUUAGGGCAAGAAAGGUGGUCGAGCGCAAGCAGUGGGAGGAGGAAGAAAAGAAAUUCCUCGGUGCUAGACCGAAGAUGUGA